ACUGAACUUCCAUUGUCUAGUUCCAGUAAAGAUGAGCGAGGAAACGCCCGUUUCGCGUAGUUACUCUGGUUCAUCGGAUAUCAUGCGGGCUCCGAUCAAGAAGCGCAUCCAUACUGAUAUGUCAAGCAUUAUCGUAGGGGAUGCUCGAAGAGUGUUGUUUGUGUAUGGAUUCGCUUAUUUUUUACAUCAAAGAAAAAGAAAAUCAAGCCAUGAUAGGGACCAGAAUGAUUUAGAUGAACAACUCUCUCCAUCCAAGUUUUCGUUUUUUGAAUUCUCUAACGUGUAG